GGGUGCAAGGGGCUGGCGGGGCGCGGCGCGGCCAGGGCGAAGGGGCGGUGCCGCGGCGCGGAGACGGCGGCCACCGGGGCGAAGCGAUCGGGAGCGGGGCCGGGGCCGGGGCCGGUGGCCGGGCCCAGCCUGACCGACAGCAGCUCGGAGGUGUCGGACUGCAGCGCCUCCGAGGAGGCGAAGCUGCUCUCGCUGGAGCUGGGGCUCAGCGGCAGCGAUGGCGAGUCCCCGGGCAGCGCCCCGCCGCCGCCGCCCUCGGCCGGCGAGGCCUCGCCGCUGCCCGAGGAGCCCUCGGCCGCCUCCAUGGCCAGCAGCCGCCUGCAGCUCAGCACCUCGCUCGCCUUCUCCGACCUCACCGAGGAGCUGCUGGACGCCGGCACCGACGGGCUGCUCCGCGAGCUGGAGGACCUGCGCUCCGAGAACGACUAUCUCAAGGAUGAGGUCGAGGAGCUGCGCGCAGAGAUGCUGGAGAUGAGGGAUGUCUACAUGGAGGAGGACGUGUACCAGCUGCAGGAGCUCCGUCAGCAGCUGGACCAGGCCAGCAAGACCUGCCGCAUCCUGCAGUACCGGCUGCGCAAGGCGGAGCGGCGCAGCCUGCGCGUGGCACAGACCGGGCAGGUGGAUGGAGAGCUCAUCCACAGCCUCGAGCAGGACGUCAAGGUGGCCAAGGACGUGUCCGUGCGGCUCCACAAUGAGCUGGAGGCGGUGGAGAAGAAGAGGAUCCGGCUGGAGGAGGAGAAUGAGGACCUGCGCCAGCGGCUCAUCGAGACCGAGCUGGCCAAGCAGGUGGUGCAGAACGAGAUGGACAAGCUCCGAGAGAAUUCCCUGAAGAAGCGGGGGUCUCGCUCCAUCGGGAAGGCUGAGAAGAAACCAUCAGUGCAGGAGGACAGCGCAGACCUCAAGUGCCAGCUGCAUUUUGCCAAGGAGGAGUCGGCCCUGAUGUGCAAGAAGCUGACCAAGCUGGCCAAGGAGAACGACGGCAUGAAGGAGGAGCUGCUGAAGUACAGGUCCCUGUACGGGGACCUCGACAGCUCCCUCUCGGUGGAGGAGCUGGCUGACUCCCCCCACUCCCGGGAGGCCGAGCUGAAGGUCCACCUCAAGCUGGUGGAGGAGGAAGCCAACAUCCUCAGCCGCAGGAUAGUGGAGCUGGAGGUGGAGAACCGCGGGCUGCGGGCGGAGAUGGACGACAUGAAGGGCCAGGGGGACAGGGAGCUGCCGGCGCAGGACGCGCGGUUCCUGGCGGGCAUCGCGGGCUGCGGGGACACGGGGGACACGGUGGCGGAGCUGCGCCGGCACCUGCAGUUCGUGGAGGAGGAGGCCGAGCUGCUGAGGCGCUCGCUGCUGGAGCUGGAGGAGCAGAACAAGCUGCUCCUGAGCGAGCUGAGCAAGUACAAGUCGGAGCACGACCUGGACGUGACGCUGUCGGAGGACAGCUGCUCGGUGGUCAGCGAGCCCUCGCAGGAGGAGCUGGCCACGGCCAAGGUGCAGAUCAGUGAGCUGAGCGGCAAGGUGAAGAAGCUGCAGUACGAGAACCGCGUCCUGCUCUCCAACCUGCAGCGCUGCGACCUCGCCUCCUGCCAGACCACCCGGCCCAUGCUGGAGACGGACGCUGAGGCCGGUGACUCGGCGCAGUGCAUCCCCACCACCAGCUGGAGGGACGGCAGCGAAGCCGAUGUGCUCAGUGGUGGGAAGGUGCCCGAUGGUCCAGCCAAGCUGCUCAAGCCCAAGGAUUUGGAGACCUUGGUGGGCAUCCGGGACCAAGCGGUGCUUGUCAGCAAAGCGAUCAACAUCUUGAUUUCGGAUGCCAACGGCUUCACCUCUGGGCUGAAGGCUUGCUUGGACAACGAGUGUGUUGGGGGGCUGCUGGGCGAGGCGGUGGGCAGCGGAGGUGAGGGCCCCAGCGAUGCCAAGCUGAUGAAUGUGCUGCUCAUGCGGCUGGGGGUGCUCCAGCAGGACCUGGGCUGCUUCGUGAGGAAGGUGGAGCACCUCACUGGCAGCCCCAAGGAGCACACGGACUCUUUGAGCUUCUCCGGCCCCAGCAGCCACGACACCACCAAAGAGGGGCUGCAGAAGGAGCAUGCCUCCGACUUCCAGCAGCCUGAUUUUAGGGACGCCGACCCUUACCGCAUGCCCCACGCCAAGGACACGGACCCCACACAGCCCCGGAGCUACAGGACCUGCCGGCCUGAGGAGAAUGACUCCUACGCCACCGAGAUAAAGGAGCUGCAGCUGGUGCUGUCGGAGGCCAACGAGAGCCUGCGGGGGCUGCAGGAGCAGCUCUCCCAGGAGAGGCAGCUGAGGAAGGACGAGGUGGACAACUUCUCACAGAAGAUCUGCCAGCUGAAGGAGGACCACCAGAAAGCGCUGCUGCGGCGCGAGUUUGAGCUGCAGAGCCUGAACCUGCAGAGGCGUCUGGAGCAGAAGUUCUGGAGCCAGGAGAAGAACCUGCUGGUGCAGGAGUCACAGCAGUUCAGGCAGAGCUUCCUCCUGCUCUUCAUGAAGCUCAAGUGGUUCCUCAAGCGCUGGCGCCAGGGCAAGAUGGUGCACAGCGAGGGCGAGGACUUUUUGGAGGUGAACAGCAUGAAGGAGCUGUACCUGCUGCUGGAGGAGGAGGAGCUCGCCCCACAGCAGCAGGCAGACAACAAGAUGUGCACUGGGGAUGCCUGGACCCCCAGCACGCCCAACGAGUGCAUCAAGACACUGGCGGAAAUGAAGGGGACCCUGCAGGAGCUGUGCACAGAGCUGCGGGAGGAGCGGCGCGGGGCCAGUGAGCUCCAGCAGCAGUUCACCAAGGCCAAGGCUGCCUGGGAGAUGGAGCGCGCCGAGCUCAAGUGCCACAUCGCCCAGCUGGAGUCCAAGGCAGGCAAAGGGAUCACAGAGCGUGCGCUGCCGGAUUGGAAGGUGGCGUUGAAGAGGGAGCGCGAGGAGCACCAGCAUCUCCUAGCCGAGUCCUACAGCGCUGUCAUGGACCUCACCAAGCAGCUGCAGAUCAGCGAGAAGAACUGGAACCAGGAGAAGGUGGAGCUGCUGGCCCGCUUCAAGGAGGAGCAGCAGCAGGCAGAGCAGCAAGCGAAGGACCUGCAGAACAAAAUCAACCAGUUGCAGAAAGGAACCAACCCAUGGGCAUUGAAGCACUCUGAAAUGGAGAAGCACAGCAGCAACUGGAAAGAGGCUCUCAAUGAAAAAAUCACAGACAAAGAGACAAUCUCUGAAGCAGAAGCCAAGGGAACCAACCUCAAAAGGACCAAGUCUGUUUCCUCCAUGUCAGAGUUUGAAAGCUUGCUCGACUGUUCUCCCUACCUCCCUGGAAAGACCACGCCAGGCCUGGGCGACCACUCCCGGGCCAAAAAGGCAUCUGCAGCUGCCCAGCUGCUUCCCAACGGCAUCCGGGACAGCGCCGGCCUUCCUCCCUCCCGCUGUACGUAUGUGAACAUCGAGCAACCUGCCCCCGACAGCCUGGCCAAGGAGAAGCUGGGCAUCUCCUCCUGGGACUACUCGUGGGCACACAGCCUCUCUGCGCACAACCCAGCCCAGAAGCAGAUGCAGAGGAGCUACACAGCACCUGACAAGACGGGGAUCCGCAUCUACUACAGCCCGCCGGUGGUGCGGCGGCUGGAGGCGCCGCUGGUGCACAACAAGGAGGGCAAGAUCAUGAUUGAACCUGGCUUCUUGUUCACCAUGGCCAAGCCGAAGGAGCCGGAGGAGUCGGCCAGCGCUGAGAGCACCUACAGCCAGUGGCUCUGCAACUUCUCCAAGCAGCAGCGGGAGCUGCUGGACGCUGGCACAGUGGAGAGCGCGGUGCCACCAGUGCCCCGCUUCCCCCCAUCACUGCACGACCUGGAGAUCUCCGGCAACAUGAGCGAUGACAUGAAGGAGAUCACCAACUGCGUGCGGCAGGCCAUCCGCUCCAGCUCCCUGGAGAGGAAGGUGAAGAGCACCUCGAGCCAGACAGUGGGGCUGGCCCACGUGGGGACACAGACCAUCCAGAUGGUGAGCAUCGGGCUGCAGACCGACCUGCCGCGCGGCAGCAGCAUGCACAGCAAGAGCUGGUCCCCGCGCAGCUCCUCCCUCGUGUCCGUGCGCAGCAAGCAGAUCUCCUCCUCCCUGGACAAGGUGCACUCCAGGAUCGAGCGGCCGUGCUGCUCCCCGAAAUACGGCUCUCCAAAGCUCCAGAGGAGGUCCUCCUCCAAGCUGGAUGCGUCUAAGGACAGGAGCCUCUGGAACCUGCACCAGAGCAAGCAGAACGGCUCUGCCUGGGCCCGCUCCACCACCACCCGCGACAGCCCCGUCCUCAGCAACAUCAACGAUGGCUUGUCCAGUUUGUUCAGCGUGGUGGAGCACGCGGGCAGCACCGAGUCCAUCUGGAAGCCGGGCUGCCCUGAGAGCAGCCGGGCCAAGCCCGAAGCACCCAAGUACGGCCUCGUGCAGGAGUUCUUCAGGAACGUGUGCGGGCGGGCGCAGAGCCCCACUGCCCCCCCGGAGAAGAAGGAGACCCCAGGGGAGGAGGGCAGCAAGAGAGCCGAGCACCCCGGCCCGGCCCCCCACCACCCGGCAGAGAGCAUCUCCCGCGGCUUGAACAAGAAGGUGCUCAAGCAGAGCAGCUGCGAGGACCCCAAACCCUCGUCCCCCGGGCAGGGGGGUAAGGACGCAGCCCUGCGGGACCCCGACCUCAUCUCGGCCAUAGCCAGCGAGGACAUGGCGUGUGACUGCAGCUCCCAGUCCCUCACCUCCUGCUUUGCCCGGCCAUCCCGCUCUGCGGUCCGCCAUUCCCCAUCCAAGUGCAAACUGCACCCUGCGGACCCCCCCAGGGCGGAGGAGAAGCUGGGGGCCUCGAGUGAGUGAGGCCGGGGGCCGGAGGCCGCAGUGUGCCUGCUAUCCAUGCUCCAGCCGGGACAGCGCCUGCGCUGACGCCCUGCGGGGCCCUGCUCGGGAGCGGUGUGGGCACAUCUGUCUCCUGACUGUCCCCUCGCCUCUGGGGACGCUUGGGAAGCAGAUGUGGAGCCAGAGGCAGAGGCUGCCGGUAGCCCUUGGGGUGCAUGGUGACAUCCACCGUGGUGGCUGCUUCACCUCCCGUCUGCGUGAGACGCGCUCCCAUGGCACUGCUGCCAGCACUGGGGGGGUCCUCAAUGGUGCUGAUCCCUCUGGGAACAUCAGCUGAGACCCCACCAUGCCGAGGGCUCGUUGGGGCCUGGAAAGGGGAGAGCAGCCAGGGGGGCUGCUUGUGUAAAUAGGGCAGGGCUGGGGGGAAGCACGGUGGGGACCCUGGAUGGAUGCAGCAGAUGGGGGCACGAUGCCGUGUUGGCCCUGCAGCUGCUGCCAGUGCUGCCCACCCUGCGGGAGCUCCAGCGCAUCCCUGCCAGCCCCCAUUGCAGUGCGGUUGCAUCAGCCUGGACCGCACGUGCUUCCCGGGCAGGAAGGAGGCGGGGAAGGUCCCUGCGGUCACCCAGGCUGGGCUGGGCUGGGCUGGAUGCGGGGCCCUCCCUGGCCACCCUUCUGCUCUGGGGGGGCUGCUGAGGUCCUGCAGUGCCGGGAAGGGCCCGGGUGUCCCCCUGGAUCAUCCGGAUGCAGAUGGGGUGUCUGGGUGCACAGUGCAGGGAGAUGCAGCGUGUGCCUCUGUGCGUGCACACUGAUGUGUGUGUAUCUCCUGCCACCUCCACGAGGGGCCACGGCUGUGGUGCCCCCCUGCACUGCACCCACCCCCCUGCCUGGGGCCACCUGUAGUUAUUUGCUCCUCCAAGUGCUGAAUAUCCAUACUUCUCUUUCUUUAUUUCCUUUCUUUUUCUCUUCCCCUCCCCUUUGGCUCUGCCCAACUCCAGACAGCCUGCAAUGUAAAACCAAGUGCAUUUUACAGACACCGAAUGGAGCUGCCUGGGACGUGCACCAAUUGCAUUAAGAGAUUGUGGGGUGGGAGCUGUGCGUGGUCCCCGGUCACCACCAGCAAAAGCCUUACCUGGGGAGGGAGGGGGCAGCAGCCACGGCCCCCCAUGGCAGUGCAGAGCUCACAGAGCAGCCCCGGGAGAGGACAGCAAUCCUGGAGGCAGCUCCCUGACCUAUUUCCAAGCUGCUGCCAAGGCCAGGCAGGGAUUCAGGGAGCUGGAGCUGCCUGUAGGUGCCUCCAGGGGCUCAGUGCAGUGCUCUAGGGCUCUGUACCCUGCUCUAGGGCUCAGUGCAUUGCUCUGGGGCUCUGUACCCUGCUCUAGGGCUCUGUACACUGCUCUAGGGCUCAGUGCAUUGCUCUGGGGCUCCAUACACAGCUCUAGGGCUCUGUACACAGCUCUAGGGCUCU